AGUGGUGUUUCCGGGAGUGGAGAUGGCUGCGCUGGCCCCGCUGCCGCCGCUGCCCGCGCAGUUUAAGAGCAUACAGCACCAUUUGAGAACGGCGCAGGAGCAUGACAAACGGGACCCCGUGGUGGCCUACUACUGUCGUUUAUAUGCUAUGCAAACUGGAAUGAAGAUCGAUAGCAAAACUCCUGAAUGUCGUAAAUUUUUAUCAAAGCUAAUGGAUCAGUUAGAAGCUCUUAAGAAACAGUUGGGAGAUAAUGAAGCUGUUACUCAAGAAAUAGUUGGUUGUGCCCAUUUGGAAAAUUAUGCCUUGAAAAUGUUCUUGUACGCGGACAAUGAAGAUCGAGCUGGACGAUUUCACAAAAACAUGAUCAAGUCCUUCUACACUGCCAGCCUUUUAAUAGAUGUCAUCACAGUGUUUGGUGAACUCACAGAUGAAAAUGUGAAACAUAGAAAGUACGCAAGGUGGAAGGCAACAUAUAUUCAUAACUGCUUAAAGAAUGGGGAGACUCCUCAAGCAGGCCCUGUUGGAAUAGAAGAAGAGAACGAUGUUGAAGAAAAUGAAGAUGUUGGUGCAACCUCUCUGCCCACCCAGCCACCUCAGCCAUCGUCAUCUUCAACAUACGACCCAAGCAACUUGGCAACAGGCAGCUACAGUGGGAUACAGAUUCCUCCAGGUGCACAUGCUCCAGCUAAUACCCCUGCAGAAGUGCCACACAGCACAGGUGUAACGAGUAAUGCUGUCCAGCCUAGUCCACAGACCGUGUCAGCCAUUCCAGCCAUUGAUCCUGACCUGUACACAGCUUCCCAGGGAGAUAUCCGCCUGACCCCAGAGGACUUCGCUAGAGCUCAGAAGUACUGCAAAUAUGCUGGCAGUGCCCUGCAGUAUGAAGAUGUGAGCACCGCUGUACAGAACCUACAGAAGGCUCUCAGGCUGCUGACCACAGGCAGGGAGUGAAGCCUCUUCAUGGAUCCGUGUGUUUUCCGCCUAGAGAACUAACAAAGUCCAUUACACUCUCCUCAGCCUUUCAGGAGCAUGGGUUUACAGAAGACCUCAGUUCUCCUCAGUAAGACAAUGACUCCUGUGUGUUUCAGAAGCAUUUAUCAGCUGCCUCAGCCACUUGUCAUUGAGUGUGUAGAGCUAUCAAACCCUGCUAUGAAAUGUCCCUGUAGAAAAUCAUGUUGGGUAUAAUAUGCUUUCUUAAUUUAUACACACUAAAGGAAGUUUUUGAAAAAUCUGUAAUAUUUGGACAAACAAACCAUAUUAUGUUGUUUAAUAUUCUAAAUUAAACUUUUAAUAAAGAUUACCAGAAUAUUCUGGGUUAGAGAUCCUGGCUUUUUUUCCCCUCCUUAGGAUUUGCAAGGCAAAUGUGAACAUCCAAAAGUAGUAAAUGAUAAGAGAGAUUAAAUGCAGUUUAUAUUCAUGUUUAGAUAGAAUAAUAAAAAUCAAAGGUCGUGGAAGGAGAAACCAAGUGGAGAGGUAGAAUCACUGUACUCUGGAAAAUCAUACUGGCUUCCCGAGAUCCUCCUGCCCACUGGCACGUACAACAGAUUGCUAUCCUUCAGUGGCAGUUGACUUAUGUAUUAGAAAGUGAAGAAAAGAAUUUUGUCCAAAUGUUUGCAUACUCGGUGCUCUAAAGAUUAUCUUCUGCACUUGUGGAAUCAUAGAGUGUAAAUGGAAUGAUAAAGAAGGCCAUAGGAUUUUGGAUUCCUGUUCAAAUUGAUAUGUUUUAUAGAGCUUAUGCACUGCCUGCAUGAAGAUGAAUUUGACAGAUUGACCUGAAAUUUUUCUGGACUUUGUCACUUACGCUACUUGGACUGGAAUUCUUUAGGGCACAUUAUCUCUUAUUCAUUAUAGGAUGUCAGGCCAUGGCCUAUAGGCUCUGUUAACAUAGAAGGCAUCAGGACAUAGGUCCUGUUAACAUAGAGGGCAUCUGGACAUGGCCCAUAGACUUUGUUAACAUAGGGACAGCAGGCCAUGACUUAUACUAUGUAUUUAACACAGGAAACAGCAGGCCAUGGCCUAUGGACUCCAACUGUCAUAUAUAGAGUUUUAUUUUAACAACACAAUACCUAUUCAUUUAUAUUUUGUCUGGAUGGUUUUCAGAGUUAAAAAGUUACAUGGUUUAUACAUCUGAAUGUUUAUUUACUAUCUAGUCCAUUUUAAAAAAUUGGCUGAAAAUCUAACUUACUAGAGAGAAAAGUCACUAACUCCUUAUAAUUUGUGUCCACUUUUCUGCAUGUCAGUAUAUUACUGUGCACAGUUUGAUAGAACAGAUAUGCACAGUGACUGAAAGAAUCCAUGGCAUACAUCUCCUAGAAAGUGCUCUCAAGAAAUAAACAUUACUCUGGCUCAGCGUUUGCAUCUGGAAAUCCAGUACUCUGAUAUGGUUCUAUAGCAUAUCAGAAUUAAAACAUGACUUAGGUUAUUGAUCUUCCCAAGAGGUGUAAAUAAUACAGUGUAGCAACUUUGAUAGCACACCUAGACAUGUUUGCACAUUGGAGCUAAAACUGUCACUUCCUGUUUCACUCCUAGUUAGCAGAGGUAAGGAGACAGCCAUGAAGUUCAUUGAUACAAAUUAGAGCCCCUCUGUAAGAAGGCACACCACUGGAGUUUGCUUAUAGAAGUACAUGCCAUGCCAUGCCAUGUGUAAGGUGUGUAGCCCACAGUAGCACUCUAUACUUGUGGAUUAUUCAUUUGAAUGCUUUAAAAUGAUGUAAGAUAUUAAUGAUAAUUUGUUUUCCAAGUAUCAAGAAAUGUUUUCUUGCAUGAGGGAACUGAACUAUAUUUAAUAUCUUCAUAUGUAUUCCUACAAGUUAGGGCACAUUUUCUGUUGAAAUUGGAUAAACAUUUUUCACUUAUUUAACAUGUAUUUAUUAAGUUGCUGCUUUGUGCCAGGUGUUGUUCUUUCAAAAGGAAAUGGCAGAAAAUAAAGUCUGCCUCAGUUUACAUUCUAAAGGGGAGGAAAUGGCCAUUCUUAAUAAAAGUUACCACAUGCUAUAUA